AUGACGAAGAACCUGGAAGCCGACCAAAAGUCAGAUGAAGAGAUGAAGGACAAAUUCGACUGUUGGUGCAAAACAAAUAACAAAGACAAGAAGGAAGCCAUCGCCGCCGCCCAGGAGAAAUUGUCCAGUCUGAAUGCUUUGGUGGAGGAGUUGGGUCCACGCAUUGAUCAACUUGGAGGAGAAAUUCGAAGUGCAAACGUGGAACUCAACAAAAACAAAGCGACGAUGGACAAAGCCUACUCCAUCAGAGUGCAGCAGCAGAAGGCCUUCAAAGAGGAUGAAACAUCUUUGGUUACUUCCAUUGAUCAGGUUGCAAAGGCAAAGGAAGCAUUGUCUGGAAGCGCUUCAAACGAAAUGAAGUCAACAUAUGGAGGAUCUUCGUUCCUCCAGAUGCCUGAUGAAAUGAAACUGCUCAGCUCUGGCCUGCAGCAGGUCGUGCAGACUCAGGGAGCACGACUUUAUGGCAAACUAUCCCGUGCUGAUAUGCUAUCCCUGGACGACUUCAUCCGAGAUCCAGCGCGGCUUCUGAAGGGCAACGCAUUUCUCCAGCGAGGGGAGCCAUCUACUUCGUCGAGCCAGAUUGUUGGUAUUCUGCAAACCAUGGCAGACGAUUUUGCUGAGGAUUUGCAAAAGGAAGUGGACCAGGAGAAAGGCAACAAGAAGGCUUAUGAAGAACUUGCCAGUGCAAAGUCAGCCGAGAUCAAAGCACUGGAAGAUCAGAUUGUGGCCAAGACACAGGAGAAGUCGGAGUCCGAGAGCAAUUUAGAAACAAGCAAGAAGAACAUCAAGGCAACCAACAAAUCCCUUCAAGCAGAUAUCAAGUUCCAAGCAGCUGUUGAGCAACGCUGCACUGGGAGUGAUGCCAAGUUCGAAGAAAGAAUUCAGAGUCGAUCUGCAGAGAUGGCUGCUGUUUCCAAGACGAUCCAGGUUUUGAGAAGCGAUGAAGCCCGAGACUUGCUGGGCAAGAGCGUGUCAUUCCUGCAAAAGUCGAGCCAAGAUGCAAAGGCAGAGAGUGCGAUGAGAAAAGCUGGCGCUUGGCCUCCAGAGUUUGGUGACUCUGGGACUGGAAAGCAGGAGGAUGAAAUCGCGUCAUUCUCUCAGACUUUCCCUGGCGAGUGGCUUCAAUUCAAGAAUCAUUCCAAACAUCGCUUGUUUGAUGUGCAGAUUCUGCAGACUGUACAGAGAUGGGACAAGCAUAGACUAGCAGUGACCAGCAGACAAGAAAGGCAUCGAGAUAUGUGCGUGGACGAGUUUAACAAGAACAAUCUCACCACAGAGGAGAAGCAGAGGCAGACACAAACUAUUUUGAAGAAGGCAGUGAAGUUCUUGAGCAACUUCUACGGAAGCGGAGUUCCGUCUGAGAGGUCAUCAUUGGUGCAGAUUAGAAGCCACAGUGCCAAGGAGGAGACAGCUGCCUUAGCUGAUCCUGCACUGGGCAGCCCAGAGGGCUUUGAGGACUACAAGAAAAACUCUGGUGGCUCAGGGGCAGUAUCACUGAUUGAGACGAUCAUUGAAGAUUCUCAGAAGAUUGAGGCAGAGGCUAUUGAAGGCGAGCAAGAUGCGCAGUCUGCGUAUGAGCAAUUUGUUUCGGAAACUUCUGCAAACAUCAAGGCGAAAAACUCUGAGAUUGAUGGAAAGAUGAAAGAGAUAGCUGAUGCAAAGAACGACAAAGCAGAGGAAGAAGCAAAUCGAGAGGCACAGAUUGAAGAGCUUGACCAGCUGUUUGACAGCAAAGUGAACCUGCACAAGGAGUGUGACUUCUUCCUCGCAAACUUCGAGGUUCGCCAGACCGCAAGAUCAGAGGAGAAGGAGGCUCUUGGACAGGCUCUGGGCAGUAGGCUAAAUGUCUGA